UCUACCGCGCGCACCGCCGGUCAUUAAUUCAUCUCAUAAAAAGCUAGAGACAUGGGCAGUAGUAGCAUUUAAUAGAUUUUUAUUGUGGGUUUUAUAUCCGUGGAUGCAAAGAAAAAAGUUUUUUUUUAAAUUUUCUUUAUUGAGGCGGCGUUAAAUAGGACGACAGAAGCUGGGAGACAGCACCGGGCUUCUCCGAAUCUCCUCAGCAUCUGUUUCUCUUUCUGGGGCUGCAGUUUCUAAAAUCUGUUCAAGUAAGACACUUGCCUGUGAGAGGAAGAUAUGAAGCUAGUGGGCUCCCUUUGGAUCCUUUGCUUUUUCCUGGUGUGCAGGGCGGCGGCAGGUGCUGAGUCAAUCUCAGACCCAUCGCUUAGGCCCGGACAGAGCAUGACAGAGGGACAGGCCCAGGCGGUGAGCCAGGGUCAAUACAAAUGUCUUGAGCUAUCCAACCAAUACCUCCAAGAAAACAGAACCGGUACAUUCUGUGGACGUAUUUGGGAUGGCUCCUUGUGCUGGGAUAAGACACCGGCUGGGACAUUUGUAACACAAAACUGUCCAGAUCACCUUGACCUGGACCCAACUGAAAAAAUUACCAAAUUUUGUGACGAAUUGGGAAACUGGGUCCAAACUGGGUCCUCUUGUGAACCAGCUAUAAAGAAGAAAUUAGAGAAGGAAGUCCCCCAAUUUUUAAGGGAUGCAGCAGGAGAGCCAACCACAGACGCCUCAGGGGUUAACAUAGAAAAAGGUGGUGUUGUGGAAAAACAAAUCCUUGAGAAUGAAAAGAAAUGCUUGGAGAAAAUGAAGAAGGACCCACCAUACCAUAAAUCAGGGUUAUACUGCGGUCGUAACUGGGAUGGCUGGCUGUGCUGGGGCGAUACUCCAGCAGGAACCUACGCCUCCCAAAACUGCCCUGAUUAUUUUUCUGACUUGGACCCCACGGAAAAGGCAAAUAAGUACUGUGGGGAGGACGGUCAGUGGUUUCACCAUCCAGAGUCCAAACGGAUUUGGACCAACUAUACACUCUGUGCAAUCACCCAUGAGAAGAGGCUUAGGAAACUGAAAAUGCUUGAGAAUGAAUACAAAUGCAUCCUGAAAAUGAAUCGAGAACCACCUUUUAACAAAUCAGGGCUGUACUGCAGUCGUAACUGGGAUGGCUGGCUGUGCUGGGACGACACUCAGGCAGGAACCUACGCUUUCCAAAACUGCCCUGAUUAUUUUUCCAACUUCGACCCAACAGAAAAGGCAACUAAGUACUGUGGAGAAGACGGGCAGUGGUUUCACCAUCCAGAGAGCAGCAAGAUUUGGACCAACUAUACACUCUGUGCUGUCAACACUAAGGAGAAGUUGAAGGCAGCCACCCAGCUCUCAGGGGACACUGAGGUUGAGCCUGCUGAUGAGGCCACAGUUAGCCCCAUGGUGAACCCAGAAGAGCAGGAAAUUGUGAGAAAGAAAAUCCUUGACAGCCAGUACAAGUGCUUCGAGAAAAUGAAUCGAAAUCCACCUUAUAACAAAUCAGGGCCAUACUGCAAUCGCAACUGGGAUGGCUGGCUGUGCUGGGACGACACUCCGGCGGGAACUUACACCUCUCAAAACUGUCCCAAUUAUUUUGUCGACUUCGACCCCACAGAAAAGGCCACUAAGUACUGUGGGGAGGACGGGCAGUGGUUUCGCCACCCGGAUACCAACAGGACUUGGUCCAACUACACACUCUGCAACGAAAACACUAAGGCAAAGUUGAAGUCAGCAUACAUCCUGUUUUACAUGGCAAUUGUGGGUCAUGCUUUAUCCAUAGCCUCCCUGCUCAUCUCUCUGGCCAUCUUCUUCUACUUCAGGAGUCUGAGCUGCCAAAGGAUCACUCUGCACAAGAACCUCUUCUGCUCGUAUGUGCUCAAUUCAGCCCUCACCAUCAUCUACCUCGUAGCAGUGGUCAAUAAUCCUGAAGUGGUGGGCAGAAACCCGGUUGGCUGUAAAGUGUUGCACUUCUUCCACAUGUACAUGCUGGGCUGCAAUUAUUUUUGGAUGCUUUGUGAAGGCAUCUACCUGCACACGCUUAUCGUGGUGGCUGUGUUUGCAGAGGAGCAGCAUCUGCACUGGUACUACCUCCUGGGCUGGGGCUUUCCUCUAGUGCCCGCAUCCAUCCACGCCGUGGCAAGGAAAACGUACUUCGAUGACAACUGUUGGAUGAGUGUGGAAACCCAUCUGCUCUAUGCAGUCCAUGGUCCUAUCGUGGCUGCUCUUCUUGUGAACCUCUUCUUUUUACUAAAUAUUAUAAGAGUGCUGGUGACCAAGUUGAGAGACACACACCGGGCCGAGUCCAACAUGUACAUGAAGGCAGUGAGAGCCACGCUGAUCCUGGUGCCCCUACUGGGAAUACAGUUUGUCAUUUUCCCCUGGAGGCCAGAAAACAGGCUAGCUGGGGAGGUCUACGAGUACAUCAUGCACAUACUCAUGCACUACCAGGGAUUACUGGUGGCAACAAUAUUCUGCUUCUUCAACGGAGAGGUAAGCACUGUUCAUGUCUUUACACUUUAG